CGAGACCAGCGAAACCGGCAACUUGAUUUCAUGUUUCAGGUUGGUUCUGACCUUGUCCUUUUCGUUGUGUCCUCUCCUCUUUUGGCCGCCCGCACCAAUCAUCAUUUUUCAAAUGUUGUUGGCUUAGUGUCGAAUCAAAAGGAAGAAUAAAUCUAAAGAAAAAGUAACCGAGCGACGACGACGACAUCGGCGCAUCGGUCACAAACAGACAAAGAAGCAGCCAGGCGAACUCAUCGGAUGGGAAAAAAGAAUCGAUCACAAGGACGUGCCGGGGCUAAUGCACGUUGCUAACAGCACUCACAACAGAGCGAGACUCAUCAAUUCUUGGUUUCCUUCUUAUUUUUUUAUUUUAUUUCCUUUUUUUUUCUUUUUAUCGGAUUGUAGAUGACGUGCGAGCCGAAUCGUCUAAAGUGGGUGUAUGUGUCGGCUGAGUGAUCUGAUGUACACUGGAAUGCGAUUCGAACAUGUCCGGCUUCACACCACUCCAAAUUUCCCCCCUCUCAAUUCAUUUCCCCAUGAAACCGAGCUGAGGUAAAAAUUUAGGAUCAAAGGUCUUUUACGUUAUGGACGGUGGCAUACCUCGAGGGAUUCCCGUUAGGGGAAUCUUUAUUUUUAUAAAACAGAAAAUGGCAACUUUUUUUUUCUUCCAUCCCUUUGCAACCUUGGCGUGCUUCUUUCCAGCUUAGGGGGAUAUUGACGGCCCGGAUUUUCCCCGCAGCAGCCAAUCAAUAUUGGAGAUAGAAACCUUUCGUGAAAUUUCUGGGGUGGAAUCGUUUGAUCGCCAUUUGAAAAUCAGCAAGAAAAGAAGAUGAAGGAAAUGGAAAUGUGCACCCAAAAGAGAAAUCACGACAACAACGCGAAAAGAAAGGGAUGGCAUAAUGAGUGGUUCCGGAUGCGGAGAGAGAGAGAGAAAGGGGUAAAAGAAAAACUUGAAUGGAAGCGCGGAACUGGAGCUGGACGUUUGCACGCAUCGAUCCAAUAGACAAACAUCUCUCUCUCAUCCUCUGCAACCCGGCAAACACAAAAGGGUCCCUCCCCACGGCUUUCGUUUCGUUGCGGGACCGCGCAUCCCGGCACACCAAGUAGGCGUCGAUCAAUAAAGAGAACUUUCUCUCUCUCUCUGCAAAGUUUGCCGUCCUUUUGGCCGUGACUCUUGCGCAGUCUGCUUUCCUAAGUCUUCUAUUAUCUUUGCCCACUUUCUCACGGCCGCCAUCUUUGAAACGCAGCGUCAUAACAUAUUUCAUUCCCCCAAAUCUGAUUAUCGAACCUUUGAGCGUCGUUGUCGUCGUCUGGCUCCCGGCGUCAUUUGAUUUAGUCAUUUAGAAUUACCGUGGGUAUAGCCUUGACCGGAUCGUCCAACUCGUCAAGAGAGUGAGUCCCACAUUCGGCUGAUAAUCUCUUCAUUUCACGAACGUGAGGGUAGACGACGACGCGGUGUCUGUGUGUGUGUGUGUGUGUCGAGUGGGGGGUGAGAGAAAACAAAUUGGUACACGAAGGACCAAUCGGCGUUAUAAUUACAGAGUGCAAAGUGGGCCAUUGGAACGAAGCGGGUUGAUUUCAUACGGGCUGCACGCCGUUGGAUGCCAACAGAUCUUUUUUCUCAAUUUGCAGCCGGAGGAAUAUCGGGACGACCUGCAGAAAGCGUCGUUCAUGUUUUCGGGGUUUGACUGAUUUGCUGGUGUGAACCCCCCGGGAAGGAAAAACAUUUGAAAUCCUUCAAGUCGAGACGAGCGGCAUCAAGACGGAGACGACGAAGAUGGCGCCCAAAGCGGCUGACGAGAAGGGCAUAGUCUUAAUGGAAGAAGACAUCCGGACGGAGACCUCGUCGCCUUUCCCAUCUUCAUCCGCAACUUCAUCCUCUCCUUUUUCGUCUUCUCCAAUGACUGGUGCGGCAGCUGGUGCCACGGCCGAAAGUGAGCCACCCGCUCCGCCCACCAAGAGCACGGCUGACGAAAUGAGCGAAAUGGCCAAGGAGCAAUUGGCCAAAAUCGCCAAGGAAAUGGGCAUGCCCGUUUGGGCGCUCUAUUGCAUCGGAAUUGUAGUGGCCCUGGUAAUCUUGCUGAUAGCAUUCUGCUGCAUCCGGCGAUGCUGCCGCAAGCGGAGGCCCAAGGAUGCCAAAAAGGGACUCAAAGGAGCCGUCGACCUCAAAUCAGUUCAACUCCUCGGAAAUGCCUACAAAGAAAAGGUUCAGCCGGAUAUGGAUGAACUGACCGACAACGUGGAAGACAUUGCCGUCGAAGGUGAAAAGAAAGAGGAGCAGAAACUGGGUCGAUUGCAGUACAAGCUGGAAUACGAUUUCAACCAGAGCAAUUUGGUCGUGACUGUCCACCAGGCCGAAGAGUUGCCCGCCCUCGACAUGGGAGGAACAUCCGAUCCUUACGUCAAGGUCUACCUGCUCCCCGACAAGAAGAAGAAAUUCGAAACCAAAGUCCACCGUAAAACCCUCAACCCCGUUUUUAACGAAAGUUUCACCUUCAAGGUCCCCUACGCCGACGCCAUGGCCAAGACGUUGGUGUUUGCCAUCUACGAUUUCGACCGUUUCUCCAAACACGACCAGAUCGGUGAGGUUAAAGUGCCACUCUGCAUGGUCGACUUGGCCCAGACGAUCGAAGAAUGGGCCGAGGUGACCAGCGUCGAAGGAGAAGGCGGACAGGAAAACAAGUUGGGUGACAUCUGCUUCUCACUUCGCUACGUCCCAACCGCCGGCAAAUUGACUGUCGUCAUCCUCGAGGCCAAGAAUUUGAAGAAAAUGGACGUCGGUGGUCUCUCUGAUCCUUACGUCAAGAUCGCCCUGAUGCAGAACGGCAAACGGUUAAAGAAGAAGAAGACGAGCAUCAAAAAGUGCACCCUCAAUCCGUACUAUAACGAAUCGUUUACUUUUGAGGUGCCCUUCGAACAGAUCCAGAAAGUGCAACUGGUAGUUACCGUCGUCGAUUACGAUCGCAUCGGCACAUCUGAUCCCAUUGGUAAGGCCAUCCUCGGUUGCAACGCAACUGGAACUGAACUGCGUCACUGGUCCGACAUGUUGGCCUCGCCCCGACGCCCCAUCGCCCAGUGGCACACGCUGAAGGAGCCCGACGAUGGAGACAAGAAAGACUAAAAAGGCGAAAUACCUGCUGUAGACACAAAAAUUUCACCAGCAUCAUCCAGCAGAAGACGUUCCUCGUCCCCGUACUUUUUGGCCUCUUUUGAUCGGUUUCAAAUGCAGAACGAUAGAAAAAUCUAAUAUGAAUGGAAUCAUCAACACCGAGUGAAGAAAUAAGAAUCGAAACAAAAAAGGACAAAAUAAAACUAUUUCGUUUCCCCCCUCUGGUUUGAUUUCCCCGUUUCGCGUCAAUGUGUAUAUCUAUAUCUCUUCGUGUAACUUUCAUUAUCUUUCCAUGUCCUUCCCAAAACCAAAAAGAAAAGAAAAAAGAAAUUCGUAAUUCCAUGUUCCUCAGACUACUUUGAGAGAGAUAGAAUAUCUAUUAAUGAUAGAUUUGUUUUUUCGUUCGCCAUUUUCUCCUCGUUCAGAUUUGUCACUUAGAUGUGACGUUGCACAUAUACAUAGUACCAACUUCUUCUUCUCCACCCGACUCAUUUGUUCUUCUCUCUCGCUUUACAUUCCCUCCCCAAAACCCCCACUCAUUCCGUGCUGUGUCUUGUUUGUUGUCGGCGAGUUAUAUAUAGAGAGAAAAACUUACCUACAGUAUAGUCCCGCGUGAAUCUUCGUCUUUUUUUUCUCUCUCUCUCUCUCUCUCCCGGUUAACUGUUUUAAUGAGGAACAGGAAACGCGAAGCCCCGCCCAUUCCUAAUCAUCAGCUAUUUACCCCCCACUGUCCGUUUGUUUUUAUUAUUUUCUGUCACACUUGCCACCACCCAGUGAUGAAAAAGAGACAGAGCAGUUACAACUAAACUUUUAAGAUAUCAAUUUCCAACUUUCAAUAUUUAUACUGUAAUAUCUGUUUGAUAAUGUAAGAAAACGAGGGCUGAGAAGAAGAAUGUACGACACCAAAGAAAUGAUGUCGAACGACAUUGUUAUUCAUUUAGAAAAUUCUUCGUCUCCAACACACGUAACAUUAUGACAAGGUACACACGUUCCCCCUCCCUUUCAUUAUUAUGACUUACAUCAAACAAAACACAUUUUCCCAACUAUUGGGGAAACUUUUAUCAAUAUCAUUGUGUUAUUAUUUCGUUGGGUAUAAUUUUAUCAUAAAUUUGAUGGUAAAAAUUAUGUAUCAGAAAUUUCAGUGAAACAAAAAAAGAAGAAAGAAACAAAACAAAACGGAACAAGAGCGCAGCCAGUCUUGAUUAUUAUAAUGGUUAGAGAGAAUGGAUAAAAAUACAUUGUCUUUGUUGGUUCA